AUGGCCACCGCACAAAGACUUCUCAUCACUAUGUCCUGCGAAGCCAGCGUUCACCGGACGUUGCCUGCUUUCGUUCUCCUGGGUUUUCUAGCUGGGAUUGCUUCAGCACAUCCAGUUGUAAGCAGAACUAAUGGCACAUUGCUGGAAAGAGGAUGGCAAUCUCUGUUGUCCAGGUCCAUUGCUGGGAUGUCAGGGGAGAAGUCAGAUGUGAACUGGGAGAGUGACUAUUUGCUAGGAAUCAAGAGGCAGCGGAGGCUUUACUGCAACGUGGGCAUCGGGUUUCACCUUCAAAUCCUCCCAGACGGAAGGAUAAGCGGAGUUCACAAUGAAAACCAAUACAGUCUCUUUGAAAUAUCCACUGUAGAGAGAGGUGUUGUUAGCCUGUUUGGUGUGAAAAGUGCUCUAUUCAUUGCAAUGAACAACAAGGGGAAGCUAUAUGGAACGGCUGUUUUCCAAGAUGAGUGCAAAUUCAAAGAAACCUUGCUGCCCAAUAACUACAAUGCAUAUGAAUCAAAUGCUUACUGUGGUGCUUACAUAGCACUCAGCAAACAUGGAAGAGUGAAGAGAGGAAACAAGGUUUCUCCUGCUAUGACAGUGACCCACUUUUUACCCAGGAUAUGA